CCCCAACUUGUGGAAGAAGUCUGGGCAUCUAAGACCUCCUGGAAAGAGGACUCCCCUUCUAGGUCUGUCAGGGGUGUUCAAACUAAUUCGGGGAACGGGGCUUAGAAACCUGCUUCUUCGUCUAUAAAUCUGCGUCGAUCCUACUUGCAGAUUCUUAGAAUGCGCAGAAAUUUCUCAGGCUAUAUCCAUCCCACACUCCUGGUGUAAAAGAGGGCUCGCCUAGAUACCUACUUCGCCUCUUUCUUCCUUCACUCUUUCGCAUCCAAUCAUCCGAUCCUCGGAUCCAAUUUACCCAAUAAUGGAGAACCGUUCAUCAGAUACAAGCAAGGAGGGACUGGGCGUCCCCGGGAGCCAUCAUGAGACUAUCAUCGGCUCCCAGGCUGAUAUUGAAAAGAAUGAUUUUAGUUACAACGACACCAACCUUGUUCUUGAGCGACUGGGUCUGGAGCCACAGAUGAAAAAGACCCUUGGACCAUUCGCCAUCGCAUGUGUCGGCUUCAACAUCUGCAAUAGCUGGGUCGGAUUGGCAGCUACCAUGGUGAUAGGAAUGCAACAAGGCGGCAGCGUCACCGUCAUCUACGGCAUGAUGGUCACCCUUGUCGGCCUGGGGUGUUCUGCUGCCACAAUGGCGGAGCUGGCCAGCGUCUACCCGACUGCCGGGGGGCCUUACCAUUGGACGUCUAUAUUGGCUCCCAAGAGAGCCCAUCGUGUGUUGAGUUACAGCUGCGCCUCUCUCAACAUCUUUGGGUGGCUCUCGAUUUGUUCUGGCGUAACCAUCCAGCCGGGCCAGUUCAUCGAAGCCAUCCGUAUCUUCUACAACCCCGGAUUUGAAGCUCCUCCCUGGCAGUAUUUUCUCUUCUUCCAGGCCACGAACAUUGCAAUCCUGGUACACAACAUACUCAUGCAGCGCCGUACCAGCUGGAUUCAUGACGUCGGUUUCAUCUUCUCCUUGACAUCCUUCUUCGUCAUCCUGGUUAGCUGCGUUGCCCGCGCUCCGUCGUAUAAUUCGAACGAGUUUGUGUGGACCAACUUUGUCAACAACAGCGGGUGGAGCUCCGGGGCGGUCGUCUUCUUGACCGGCAUGGCUAAUCCCAAUUUCAUCUACGCCGGCAUCGACGGCGCCGUGCACCUUGCCGAGGAGGUUUCGAACGCAGCCCAGGCGGUCCCGCGUGCUCUCCUGAGCACCAUCGUGAUUGGGUUCACCACCGCGUUCGCAUUCGCUUUGGCGAUGCUGUACAGCCUGUCUGAUUUUGACAAGGUUGUCGAGGAUCCCACUGGUGUUCCUAUCUACGAGAUCUGGUACCAGGCCACUCGUUCUGGCGCAGCGGCGACCACGUUCGUCGUGAUCUUGCUCCUCAUCGCCUGCUUUGCACUCAACGCCUGCCAAGAGGUCAGCUCGCGCCUGACGUGGGCCUUUGCGCGCGACAACGCCCUCAUCGGCUCGCGCUUCCUGGGCAAGAUCGACCCGACGCUCAAGGUGCCGGUGUGGGCGCUCGUGGCCAACGCGUUCGUCAUCUUCAUCAUCGGCUGCAUCUAUCUGGGCUCCUCGACGGCGUUCAACGCCUUCAUCGGAUCUGGCCUGCUGCUGCAGCAGUGCAGUUUCGCCUUCCCCGCCGCGCUGCUCCUCUGGCACCGCCGCUCCGACGACGUCCUGCCCAAGACCCGGUCUGUGAAUCUCGGCCUGUUUGGCUGGCUGGCUAACCUCGUCACGCUGCUCUUUGCGCCGUUCAUCACCAUCAUGUACUGCUUCCCCAUCGAGCUACCCGUUACGGCGGCGACCAUGAACUACACGUGCGCCGUCGUUGGUGUCAUGUUCCUGUUCUCGCUGGUGAACUGGUUCUUGCAUGCACGCAAGGAGUACAAGGGUCCGCGUCUGCCACAGGGGCAGUUUGCCUAAGCAACGCCUGAAGUGCUGUAUAUAUGUUUAUAAGUAGGCGAGUCGAAUAUAUUCAAAGAUGAUGAAACUGUCUCCGAGCAGGGUGUGCGGC